AAAAAAGAAACGUCCUUCUUCUUCUUCCUGCGAGUGGAUCCGGAGAGCGAAAAAAGCACCAGACGAGUGAUUAUAAGAGAGGAUGCAUUCUUUUGGGUACAGAGCGAAUUCUCUGCUCACAUUCGCUGUGACGAUACUGGCCUUUAUGUGCGCGAUUGUAUCCUUCUCCUUCAGUAACCAAACUCCCUCUGCUCAGAUCCAGAUAUUGAACAUCAAUUGGUUUCAGAAGCAACCCCAUGGAAAUGAUGAGGUCAGCUUGACACUGAACAUAACAGCGGACUUGCAGUCACUCUUUACUUGGAACACAAAGCAGGUAUUCGCUUUUGUAGCAGCAGAGUAUAAAACCUCCAAGAAUUCCCUAAACCAGGUUUCUCUAUGGGAUGCCAUAAUACCCGAGAAGGAGCAUGCCAAGUUCUGGAUACAAAUCUCAAAUAAGUACCGUUUCAUUGAUCAGGGAUACAACCUCCGAAGGAAAGAUUUCAACUUGACACUGCACUGGCAUGUCAUGCCCAAGACUGGCAAGAUGUUUGCUGACAAAAUAGUCAUGUCUGGUUAUAGUUUACCUGAUGCAUACAGAUGAUUAUGAAGAGCCGCCUCAUGCAUCAUCAUCUAGGAAAGAAAGAGAGGUAUGUUUCAGGUUUGAGACUCCAAUGUCUGAUCUGUAUACUGAGAACAUGUUAAUUUAUGUUAUGAACCAGAUUGUGGAUGACUCAUAACUAAGAGAUUAUGAUUUGUAAUCUUUCCAUUUAUCUAUGACCGUGUAAUCUCUUAUAUAUGAAACCUUUAUGUUAUGAAUAAAGAUAGAUUUUUCC